AAGAAAACCAAACAGAUUAAACACCACCACCAUCCUAACACUGUCAUCAUCACCACCAACACAACAACAACAACAAUAGGAUCACCACUACCACCACCACCACAACCCUCACCACCACCACCCAUGAUGUCGGGCGGCGGCAACGACUGGGCCCAGCACCUGCCCCUGCUGGAGAAGUACCUGCCCCGCGAGAGCCUGCUAUCCAUCCUGCCCAACGUGUCGCAGGAGAACUUGGAGCUCUUCGUCAGCCUCAUGAGGAACGACUCCGGGGGUGAAACGGCGGCCAGUGUGUCGCCGCCGCUCAUCACAGACCACGCCGCCUGCGAUGUGGGCUUCCGGGACGGCUAUAAGGAGGUGCACGGGUACCUAGCACUCAUGAUCUGCGUGCUGGGGGCCUUCACGAACGUCCUCAACAUGGUGAUACUGACGCGGCGGGAGAUGAUUAACUCCACUAACACCAUCCUGACGGGGCUGGCGGUGGCAGACUUCCUGCUGCUGAUUGAGUACAGCUUCUACGCCGCCUCCUACAUCAAAGGCCAAGACUCCAUGUUCGAUAGCUACGUUCACUCCGUCUUCAUCCUCUUCCACGCUCAUUACACGCAGGUGACGCACACAGUGGCCAUCUGCCUCACCAUCACGCUGGCCGUCUGGCGCUACAUAGCCAUCUGCAAGCCCCACCUCAACCUGGUCCUGUGUACGCUACCCAGGGCAAGACUCGCGGUGUUCAUUGCCUACGUUAUCUCGCCUAUCCUCUCCGUGCCCAACUACCUUGUCUACUCCAUUCAUCAGUAUUCAGACGAGUACAACAACGCGUCCCUGUACCACGUGGACUUCAGCGAGCGGUCCAAGGCGUACAAUAGUCUGCUGCAGAGGAUCAACUUCUGGUUCCACAGUGUGCUUAUCAAGAUCAUCCCGUGUCUGCUCCUCACUGUCCUCAUCUACCACAUCAUCCGCGCCAUGUACAUUGCCAAGCGACGCAAGGAAAACCUUAUUAAGAUGGGGACGCCCUCGAUGGAAGCAGAACGCAAGCUACCCCGCAUGGAGAAGCUGACGGAGAAGACAACGAGGAUGCUACUGACGGUGCUACUCCUCUUCCUGGCUACUGAGAUGCCCCAAGGCGUACUGGCGCUCCUCUCUGGCAUUUACGGGAGAUCCUUCUUCAUGCAGUGCUACCUUCACUGGGGGGAGGUGAUGGACCUGCUCGCCCUCAUCAAUAGCGCUGUCAACUUCCUGCUAUACUACAUCAUGUCACAUCAGUUCCGAGUGACAUUCCGCUGCCUCCUCUAUCCACCGCCGCCCAUCAACCUGUCCCCGCGCAUCCAGGGGGAGACGGUGUCCACGCAGCUCUAAGCAUUCCCGCCCCAGCCCCGCACCGGCAAGGGACACUGGCACUCCCCUUGCCCUCCGACCCUUCCCCAGGACCGUGGAGGCGUUCCCGUCCGCACAAGGGUUAAUGGUACUCGUUCUGUCCCGCCAGAAGGACAUCACAGUGCUCCUGAAGGGUUUACUUGCUCGCCUCUUGCUGAUCUGCCUAUCUGCCACGGGACUGCCGCGUCCCUGCACCACAACACCACAGCUAUACUGACACCUCUCACACUCACAAGUUUUUGCCAGCAAAACCACACAAAGUCGAGUUUGUACAUAGUAUUAUAAUUCGUCAAUAUUGACUUGCCCACAACUUACGCCACACACAGCUAUCCACAUCCCCUCUCCUUCACUGCAACGCCGCUGAACCUCAGAUGCAUGGUCUUCACAUCGAAGGCCAGGCAGGAGCCUUUCCAUGAACCUCGGGGCCUUCCAGCUACAUACGACAGUCACCAGCAAUUUAUUCUUUAUCUACAGAGACGCAACGCUAAGGUUUCGUCCACAGCCUUCCCAGCCUCGUGUCAACCCUCAGCGGCUGACGCGACAGAAAUCCAUGCACGAUGUUCAUUUGCAGAAUGAAACGCCCAUUCCUCUUCCAACUCAGCGACAUAUGUCCCCCUACCCCCUCACACCUCAUCACUGGCACCACGAGUCACUCCCCGGCACACGCGCGGGGUGGCCAUAUAAUACCUGCGUCAGUUACAUGGUUUGACAACAGUGUUUCCAACCCAAGGUUCUGCCUCCACCAACCACAGGCACAGGUGCAGUACCUCCCACCGCGGCACAUGCAAUAGUCACCCGCAAGUGAUCAACUGAAAACACAUCAGACCGCCUCUGCACCACCAGAAACCGCCUGACGGGACCUACAAGGCAGAAGCACAUGUGUAUCGUAGGCAUAGAGUUAGUUAUUAGUAAUUACGUACAUAACACUUAAUUUUAUAUGGGAAUGGACUAUGUACACAUAUGUAUAUCAUUCUGAGCCUCUCGUUGCUUAUCAACAUUACAAAUAACCGUUCUUCGGUGUUCUGUUAGCUUUUUUAGUGUGGCGGCGAGUGGAUAUCAAGGGCCCGGGGGCCGCCCCCCUCACAGGACUCCCCUCACCUGACUUUGUCCUGAGCCCCCAAGGUCACCCAGGUGAGGCAAGGGAUCACUCUGGGGUGACAUCAUACAGGUGCUGUGGAGGCCACCCCUCCUCAUCCCAACACCCCAAGUGACCCCCGCCGUCCCUCAGGUCCCCGCCGCCGCCGCCCUAAUUGUUGCGUAGCGAGGGCUGUCCCGACGCAUUGGUUGACACACAAUAAACUCGCAUAAUAAAGCGU